AUGGCAAGCAGGAAUUUCAUAAAUCCACACGAGGAAGAAGGCUCGUCAUCUUCUACUAGAUCACCAAACGAACCGCGGCUUUCCAACAAUGACGAAAGAGACGAGCUUGACUACUUGUUCGACGGAGAUGAUGAGGACGUACUGGGAAAUGACCCCUUGAAUCACGAAUUAGCAGAGCCUAUGAGCUUCAAGCGGAAACAAAAGCAAUCCGUCUUCUCGCAGUCGAGUCGGUUACUAUCCACAUUAACGGGCAAUCGCUUGGGAUCGGCAUCCCCACGAUCACCGCAUUCCGGUACCGAAACGCCAACGAGGCUAGAAGGUCUAAACCCGGAGCGACUUGAUAAUACUUCUAAUACACCAAACGGUCAGAAAGAGGGAGCGCCACUUGAUUGGUAUGUUGAGGGGCCGGGCCGGAGAGUUGGGUAUGAGGAUCUUACAGCUAUUGAUUGGAUUUUCGAAUACACAAAAGAGCGACAACGUCUAAGGGUGCUAUACUCAAGUGCGACGGGAAUAGUUGGAUACAUACAACAGCUUCUAGACUCUAGCCAGACAUGGAUUAUCCUCGUUCUGACGGGACUUGCUGUCGGUGGAUUGGCAGCAGGCAUAGACGUAGCCUCGGACUGGCUAGGUGAUAUAAAGACUGGUUAUUGCACUUCAGGGCCCGAAGGUGGCGCAUUCUAUCUAAACAAGCAAUUUUGCUGUUAUGGCUACGAUCAAGGCGCUAAAUGCCUUGGAUGGAAGCCCUGGGCCGCGGCAUUAGGCAUAGGGUCUACUGGUGGAAAGUGGUUUAUAGAGUACUUCUUUUUCCUAAUAUUCUCCGUGACAUUUGCCUUAUGUGCUGGAUUCCUAGUUAAGGAGUACGCGAUUUAUGCUAAGCACAGUGGUAUACCUGAGAUAAAGACAGUACUAGGUGGUUUCGUUAUUCGACGCUUCUUGGGGACUUGGACACUCAUCACCAAGUCUCUAGGAUUAUGUCUUGCCGUCGCUUCGGGUAUGUGGUUAGGCAAGGAGGGUCCUCUAGUACAUGUUGCUUGUUGUUGCGCAAAUCUAUUCAUCAAAUUAUUCCCCAAUAUCAAUACCAAUGAAGCACGGAAACGAGAGGUUCUCUCUGCCGCUGCGGCAUCGGGAAUCUCUGUUGCGUUCGGGUCUCCUAUUGGGGGUGUGUUGUUCAGUCUCGAACAAUUGUCCUACUACUUCCCCGACAAGACGAUGUGGCAGAGUUUCGUGUGCGCCAUGACAGCAGCCGUCGUGCUACAGGCCUUCGAUCCCUUCCGGUCUGGUAAGCUUGUGUUGUACCAAGUCAAGUUUAGCACGGGUUGGCACGGCUUCGAGGUCAUACCCUUUGCCCUUCUCGGCAUUUUUGGUGGUCUCUACGGCGGACUCUUCAUCAAGGCUAAUAUGCGUGUGGCACAAUGGAAGAAGUCGACACCAUGGCUUCCUGGUCCCCUAAUACAAGUUGUCAUCGUCGCUCUCUUGACGGCCCUGAUUAAUUACCCUAAUUUCUACAUGCGAGCCCAAUCCUCAGAGCUCGUGUCUUCACUCUUCACUGAUUGCGCGUUGGUACUCGAUGACCAAUUUGGUCUUUGUAAGACGGGCGCUGCGACGGCCGGCACUAUCAUCUUGUUACUAUUUGCCGCCGUCCUCGGCUUUUUCCUCGCAUCUAUUACCUUCGGACUACAGAUCCCCGCUGGUAUCAUUCUGCCUUCUAUGGCUAUUGGGGCUCUUUCAGGCCGGGCAGUCGGCAUCGUCAUGGAGAUUUGGCAGCGCAACCAUCCCGACUUCUUCGCCUUUAGUAAUUGUGAUCCUGGUAGACCCUGCGUGACGCCGGGCGUAUAUGCCAUGAUCGGCGCAGCUGCUACGCUCGCGGGCGUCACACGCAUGACCGUCUCCAUCGUUGUCAUCAUGUUCGAGCUGACAGGUGCGCUGACAUACGUGCUCCCGAUUAUGGUGGCCGUGAUGCUAUCUAAGUGGGUGGGCGACGCAUUCUCGCGGCGUGGCAUCUACGAGAGCUGGAUUCACUUCAACGAAUACCCUUUCCUGGACUCGGGCGACGACGGUAGUGGCGCACAGCACGUGCCAGAUAUUCCGGCGUCGCAAAUCAUGACGCGCAUUGAGGACUUAGUCGUGCUAACCGCGACGGGCCACACCAUCGCCAGCCUACGCGGAGUACUCGAGUCAUGCGACUACCGAGGGUUCCCCGUGGUAAGUGAUCCGCGCGACGCCGUCCUGCUCGGCUAUAUCAGUCGCGCCGAGCUCGCGUACAACCUGGCAGCUAGCACGCAACCUCCGCGCAGCCUACCCCCCGAGACAGAGGCAUUCUUCUCACACCAGCCGCUCGCAGACCCACACACUACGCUAGACUUGCGCCCCUGGAUGGACCAGACGCCCCUGACGCUGCCCAGCCGCAGCACCCUACACCUCGCCGUCGCGUACUUCCAGAAGCUGGGAGUGCGCUAUGUGCUAUUCAGCGACCGCGGCAUCCUGCAAGGCCUGCUCACCAAGAAGGACUGCUGGUAUGUACUAAACGGCGCCGAGGAGGGGCGGAGCACCGGGAGGGUUGGCCAGGGAGGGCGCGGAAGCGGAGAUGAUGAUGACGGGGUGCCUGGCGCGGCGGGGGAACGGGGCGGUUUAUUGGAUCCUGAUGAUGGCUUGCUAGAUUCGCCUGCGGAUGAUGAUAGAAGUGGGAUCCUAUAG